GAAUAUUAUUACUGAUUAUUUUAUUAGAAUUGUCCUCUCCGUCUCCCUCUCCGCCUCCUUCCCCUCGCAUCAAUCUUCCGCUCCUCUCUUCGCAGCAUUCUUUGCUUGGAAGAAGGUCCGAUGUCUUCUCCGAGCAAGCGGCGGGAGAUGGACUUCAUGAAACUAGGGAAGGAUGAUGAGAGAUUAUAAGGUGGAGACGAUAAACGACGGGAUGCAGGAAUUUUACGUAGAAUUUCACGGGCCAAAUGACAGUCUUUAUCAAGGAGGAGUGUGGAAGGUCAGAGUAGAACUUCCCGACGCUUAUCCUUACAAAUCUCCGUCCAUUGGUUUUGUUACUAAGAUGUAUCAUCCAAAUGUUGAUGAAAUGUCUGGCUCAGUUUGCUUGGAUGUUAUCAACCAGACUUGGAGUCCUAUGUUUGAUCUUUUGAAUGUCUUCGAGGUCUUCCUUCCACAACUUCUCUUGUAUCCCAAUCCUUCAGAUCCAUUGAAUGGAGAAGCUGCUGCUUUGAUGAUGCGUGAUCGACAAGCUUAUGAACUAAAAGUAAAAGAAUACUGUGAGAAGUAUGCGAAGAAUGAAAACUCUGCAGCCAAUGGAAAUUCCAGUGAUGAAGAGCUGAGCGAAGAAGAUUAUGAAUCCAGCGAUGAGGAAACCGUUCCAGGCAAUCCUGAUCCUUGACUUAAAAUUAUCUGAUUUUAUUUUCAAUGCAUGUCAAUCAUUUCAGCUAAUGCCAGGAAAUAGGGCCCUUGCCCGUGUAAUUAACUAGUUGUCUCUGUACCAUAACAAACAUUCAGCAGCUAUUGAUUCACUGGCCUGCUUGUUUCUUUUC